AUGUUAAAAUACAAAAAAAUUAUAAAUAAAAUCACUAGUGAAAAAUAUGAUAUUGAUCUUAAUAAAAAACAAACAACAAAAAUUUCUUCAAUUGAAUUAGAUCAAGAUGAUUGGAAAAUGUUAGAAUUAAUUGAAUUUGUUUUGAAGCCUGUUGUACAUGCAACAGAACUUGUAAGUGGUAGUAAAUAUCCUACCAUUGGUAUUAGUUAUUUUGCCAUUUUUCAAAUUCGAGAAUUUCUCGAAGAUGUCAACGACUAUAGUGUUAAUGAUUGGCAAAUAUUAUAUUAUUUAAAAUCUUUAUUAUUAAACCAAGUUCAAAAAUAUUUUAUUGAUAAUGAUGUACAAUUGGAAAAUAUGACAACGUACUCCUAUUUUGAUCCAAUUGGUUACGGUUGUUUAACAAGAAGAAAACGACGAGCAUGUGAAGUUUAUAUUAUUGAAUUAGAAGAGCAACAUGCUAUUGAAGAGGUCAACGAUGAAGCUGAUGUUAAUCAAAUGCAAUAA